AUGGACUUAGAGAUCAGGUGGACGAGGACGAAGAGGGCUAUAUUUGGUAUACCUAGGGUCAGGUGGGGUGCGUUGACUAAGUACAAGGCCCAGGAGUUGGGGGAGAAGUUGUUGGCUAUGAGGGUGCAAGGAAAAGUGGAAGCCAAAAAAGCGGCAUAUUUAAAGCUAGUAGAGAGUAUAGACGAGGGACAGAAGAGUGCUAAUAGGGAGGGGUACAAAAAGGCUAGGAAGGAGGCGAAGUUGGCAGUUACUGCGGCUAAGACCGCGACGUUUAGUCGUUUAUACGAAGAGAUUGGGAAUAAAGGCGGGGACAAGAAGUUAUACAGGCUAGCGAAGGCGAAAGAGCGGAAGGCCCGGGAUCUGAACAAAGUGAGAUGCAUAAAAGACGAGGAGGGAAGAGUUUUAUUGGAGAGGGCACAGAUUAGGCAAAGAUGGCAGUCUUACUUCCAUAAACUCUUGAAUGAAGAGGGAGAUAGUGGCAUUGUGCUGGGAAAGUUGGAGUACUCGGAGCGGCAGCGAGAUUUUGGGUAUUGUAGAAGCAUACAAGUAGGGGAGGUUGUAGGGGCUUACACAGGAUUAGUAGGGGUAGAGUGA